CUGUCGCGAUCCCGGUGAGGGAAGCCGGCGGGCGGUGCCGCGAGGCGGUGAUGGCGGCGGCCGCGGCCCGGGGAGGCGGUGGCGGCGGCUCCGGCUCGGGCUCCGGCGCGUCACGGGGUUUUUAUUUCAACACGGUCCUAUCGCUGGCCCGCUCCCUGGCCGUGCAGAGACCGGCAUCCCUGGAGAAGGUCCAGAAGCUGCUAUGUAUGUGCCCAGUCGAUUUCCAUGGCAUCUUCCAGUUGGAUGAAAGGCGGAGAGACGCGGUGAUUGCAUUGGGCAUUUUUCUCAUUGAAUCUGAUCUACAGCACAAAGAUUCUGUGGUUCCUUACCUUCUUCGACUUCUUAAAGGUCUUCCGAAAGUGUAUUGGGUAGAAGAAAGCACAGCUCGGAAAGGCAGAGGCACCCUCCCAGUGGCUGAGAGCUUCAGCUUCUGCUUGGUCACUUUGCUGUCUGACGUGGCUUAUAGGGACCCUUCCCUCAGGGAUGAGAUUUUAGAGGCGCUUUUGCAGGUUUUGCAUGUCCUUUUGGGAAUGUGCCAGGCCUUGGAGAUUCAAGAGAAAGAAUACCUCUGCAAGUAUGCGGUCCCGUGCCUCAUAGGAAUCUCCCGCGCAUUUGGGCGUUACAGCAACACGGAAGAGUCCCUCCUGUCCAGGCUCUUCCCCAGAGUCCCUCCUCAUUCCCUCCACGUCCCCGAGGAGCUGGAAGGUGUACGGAGGCGGUCCUUCAACGACUUUCGCUCCAUCCUCCCCAGCAACCUGCUGGCGGUGUGUCAGGAGGGCACCCUGAAGAGAAAGGCCAGCAGUGUGUCCAGCAUCUCGCAGGUCAGCCCUGAACGAGGGGUGCCCCCUCCCAGCUCCCCUGGAGGAUCCACCUUUCACUACUUCGAAGCCUCUUACUUGCCUGAUGGGAGUGCCCUGGAGCCCGACUACUACUUCUCCACCAUCAGCUCCAGCUUCUCCGUUUCUCCUCUUUUCAAUGGCAUCACUUACAAGGAGUUCAGUAUUCCCCUGGAGAUGCUCCGGGAACUCGUAAACCUGGUGAAGAAGAUUGUUGAGGAGCCUGUUCUCAAGUCCCUGGAUGCAGUCGUAGCCAGCGUGAUGGAGGUGAAAGCAGAGGUUCGGGGAGGACUAACUGGUGCCCGCGUCCCAUGGUCAGCAUGGGAGCUGGAUUGCGGCCUGGGCCCCAACUCUGCUCCAUUGUGGUCCUUGCCCCCACGGUGCCUGCAGAGCCACUGCCAGGGCUCGGUACACACCUCUCAUCAGUCCAGGCACUGCAGGCCCUGGCUUGCCAACCCCAGCGCCGACCUCUACUACAGCGUGUUCAGCGACCCCCUCUAUGUGGCCACAUUCAAGAUGCUACGGGACACUCUGUACUACAUGAAAGACCUGCCCACCUCCUUUGUGAAGGAGGUCCAUGACUUCGUGCUGGAGCAGUUCAACACCAGCCAGGGGGAGCUCCAGAAGAUCCUGCACGACAUGGACCGGACCCACAGCGAGCUGAGCCCCCUGAAGCUGCGCUGCCAGGCCAGUGCCGCCUGCGUAGACCUCAUGGUGUGGGCUGUGAAGGACGAGCAGGGCGCAGAGAAUCUGUGCAUCAAGCUGUCUGAGAAGCUGCAGUCCAAGACAUCCAGCAAGGUCAUCAUUGCUCACCUGCCCUUGCUCAUCUGCUGUCUGCAGGGCCUGGGCCGCCUGUGCGAGAGGUUCCCGGUGGUAGUGCACUCGGUGACGCCAUCCCUGCGGGACUUCCUGGUGGUCCCGUCCCCCGUGCUGGUGAAGCUGUACAAGUGCCACAGUCAGUACCACACAGUUGCCGGCAAUGAUAUAAAAAUCAGCGUAACCAAUGAGCAUUCCGAGUCGACCCUGAAUGUGGCGUCAGGGAAGAAGAGCCAGCCGUCCAUGUACGAGCAGCUGCGGGACAUUGCCAUCGACAACGUCUGCAGGUGCCUGAAGGCUGGCUUGACUGUGGACGCAGUGAUCGUGGAGGCCUUCCUGGCCAGCCUCUCCAACCGGCUCUAUAUCUCCCAGGAGAGCGACAAGGAUGCUCACCUGAUUCCGGACCACACCAUCCGAGCCUUGGGCCACAUCGCAGUGGCCCUGAGGGACACCCCAAAAGUCAUGGAGCCGAUCCUGCAGAUCCUACAGCAGAAGUUCUGCCAGCCCCCCUCCCCGCUUGACGUGCUCAUCAUUGACCAGCUUGGCUGCCUGGUCAUCACCGGAAACCAAUACAUUUACCAGGAGGUGUGGAAUCUCUUCCAGCAGAUCAGCGUGAAGGCCAGCUCUGUUGUGUACUCUGCCACCAAAGAUUACAAGGACCACGGCUACAGGCACUGCUCACUGGCUGUGAUCAAUGCCCUGGCCAACAUCGCGGCCAACAUCCAGGACGAGCACCUGGUGGACGAGCUGCUCAUGAACCUGCUGGAGCUGUUUGUGCAGCUGGGGCUGGAGGGCAAGCGGGCCAGUGAGAGGGCCAGCGAGAAGGGGCCCGCCCUGAAGGCCUCCAGCAGUGCGGGGAACCUGGGCGUCCUCAUCCCCGUGAUCGCUGUGCUCACCCGGCGGUUGCUGCCCAUCAAAGAAGCGAAGCCGCGGUUGCAGAAGCUCUUCCGGGAUUUCUGGCUCUAUUCUGUGCUGAUGGGAUUUGCUGUGGAGGGGUCAGGACUCUGGCCAGAAGAGUGGUACGAGGGCGUCUGUGAAAUAGCCACCAAGUCCCCCCUGCUCACCUUUCCCAGCAAAGAGCCCCUGCGGUCUGUCCUUCAGUACAACUCAGCCAUGAAGAACGACACAGUCACCCCCGCCGAGCUGAGCGAGCUCCGUAGCACCAUCAUCAACCUGCUGGACCCGGCCCCCGAGGUGUCUGCCCUCAUCAACAAGCUGGACUUCGCCAUGUCCACCUACCUUCUGUCCGUUUACCGGCUGGAAUACAUGAGGGUCCUGCGCUCGACAGAUCCUGACCGCUUCCAGGUAAUGUUCUGCUACUUUGAGGAUAAAGCUAUUCAGAAAGACAAGUCUGGGAUGAUGCAGUGCGUGAUCGCCGUUGCCGACAAGGUGUUUGAUGCCUUCCUGAACAUGAUGGCAGAUAAAGCCAAGACCAAGGAGAACGAGGAGGAGCUGGAGCGCCAUGCGCAGUUCUUGCUGGUGAACUUCAACCACAUCCACAAGCGCAUCCGGAGAGUGGCCGACAAGUACCUGUCCGGGCUGGUGGACAAAUUCCCCCACUUGCUCUGGAGCGGGACGGUGCUGAAGACCAUGCUGGACAUCCUGCAAACCCUGUCGCUGUCACUGAACGCCGAUAUUCACAAGGACCAGCCUUACUACGACAUUCCGGACGCCCCCUAUCGCAUUACCGUUCCCGACACCUGCGAAGCACGAGAGAGCAUCGUCAAGGACUUCGCUGCGCGCUGUGCGAUGAUCCUGCAGGAGGCCAUGAAGUGGGCGCCCACAGUCACCAAGUCUCACCUACAGGAAUACCUGAACAAACACCAGAACUGGGUGUCGGGGCUGUCGCAGCACACGGGGCUGGCCAUGGCCACCGAGAGCAUCCUUCAGUUUGCCAGCUACAACAAGCAGAACACCACCCUUGGGGCGACUCAGCUCACGGAGCGGCCAGCCUGCGUGAAGAAGGACUACUCCAACUUCAUGGCAUCCCUCAACCUGCGCAACCGCUACGCAGGCGAGGUGUAUGGGAUGAUCCGCUUCUCAGACGCCACAGGCCAGACGUCUGACCUGAACAAAAUGAUGGUCCAGGAGCUGAAGGCAGCAUUGGGCACGGGUGACCCUCAGCACUACACAGAGGCCAUGUUCAAGCUGACAGCCAUGCUCAUCAGCAGCAAAGACUGUGACCCGCAGCUCCUCCAUCACCUGUGCUGGGGUCCCCUCCAGAUGUUCAACGAGCACGGCAUGGAGACGGCCCUGGCCUGCUGGGAGUGGCUGCUGGCUGGCAAGAAUGGAGUGGAAGUGCCGUUCAUGCGGGAGAUGGCGGGGGCCUGGCAGAUGACAGUGGAGCAGAAGUUCGGCCUGUUUUCUGCGGAGAUAAAGGAAGCAGACCCCUUGGCUGCGUCGGAAGCCAGUCAGCCCAAACCCUGUGCCCCCGAGGUGACCCCUCACUGCAUCUGGAUCGAUUUCCUGGUGCAGCGGUUCGAGAUUGCCAAGUACUGCAGCUCUGACCAGGUGGAGAUCUUCUCCAGCCUACUGCAGCGGUCCAUGUCUCUGAGCAUUGGGGGCACUGCGGGGAGCAUGAACCGGCAUGUGGCGGCCAUCGGGCCCCGCUUCAAGCUGCUGACCCUCGGCCUGACCCUCCUGCACGCGGACGUGCUUCCCAAUGCGACCAUCCGCAACGUGCUCCGCGAGAAGAUCUACUCCACUGCCUUCGACUACUUCAGUUGUCCCCCAAAGUUCCCUACGCAGGGAGAGAAGAGGCUGCGUGAGGACAUAAGCAUAAUGAUUAAGUUCUGGACCGCCAUGUUCUCAGAUAAGAAGUACCUGACCGCCAGCCAGCUCGUUCCCCCAGAUAACCAGGACACCCGGAGCAAUCUGGACAUAGCGGUUGGCUCGCGCCAGCAGGCUACACAGGGCUGGAUCAACACCUACCCGCUGUCUAGCGGCAUGUCCACCAUCUCCAAGAAGUCAGGCAUGUCCAAGAAGACCAACCGGGGCUCCCAGCUGCACAAGUACUACAUGAAGCGCCGGACGCUGCUGCUGUCCCUGCUGGCCACUGAGAUCGAGCGUCUCAUCACGUGGUACAACCCACUGUCAGCCCCAGAGCUAGAGCUGGACCAGGCUGGAGAGAGCAGCGUGGCCAACUGGAGGUCCAAGUACAUCAGCCUGAGCGAGAAGCAGUGGAAGGACAAUGUGAACCUCGCCUGGAACAUCUCUCCUCAUCUGGCCGUGCAACUGCCAGCCAGGUUCAAAAACACAGAAGCUAUCGGCAAUGAGGUGACCCGUCUGGUUCGCUUGGACCCAGGAGCCGUUAGUGACAUCCCCGAAGCCAUCAAGUUCCUGGUCACCUGGCACACCAUCGACGCCGAUGCCCCCGAGCUCAGCCAUGUGCUGUGCUGGGCACCCGCAGACCCACCCACAGGCCUGUCCUACUUCUCCAGCAUGUACCCGCCGCACCCACUCACGGCGCAGUACGGGGUCAAAGUCCUACGGUCCUUCCCGCCGGAUGCGAUCCUGUUCUACAUCCCCCAGAUUGUGCAGGCCCUCAGGUAUGACAAGAUGGGCUAUGUGCGGGAGUAUAUUCUGUGGGCGGCAUCCAAGUCCCAGCUCCUGGCACACCAAUUCAUCUGGAACAUGAAGACGAACAUCUAUGUUGAUGAAGAGGGGCACCAGAAAGACCUCACUCCUUCAAGUAAAAAUGACGGUCCCUGGAAGAGGGGACAGUCAGAUGCAGGUACUCCCCUGAGACCACCACACGCUUCAGCUGACAUUGGCGACCUCCUGGAACAGCUGGUGGAAGAGAUCACAAGCUCCUUGUCUGGCCCGGCCAAGGACUUCUACCAGCGUGAAUUCGACUUCUUCAACAAAAUCACUAACGUGUCAGCCAUCAUCAAGCCCUACCCUAAAGGUGACGAGAGGAAGAGGGCUUGUCUGUCGGCUCUGUCUGAAGUGAAGGUGCAGCCUGGCUGCUACCUGCCCAGCAACCCUGAGGCCAUCGUGCUGGACAUCGACUACAAGUCCGGGACGCCCAUGCAGAGCGCUGCAAAGGCCCCAUAUCUGGCUAAGUUCAAGGUGAAACGAUGCGGAGUUAGUGAACUUGAGAAGGAAGGUCUGCGGUGCUGCUCAGACUCCGAGGAUGAGGGCAGCACGCAGGAGGCCGAUGGCCAGAAAAUCUCCUGGCAAGCAGCCAUCUUCAAAGUGGGAGACGACUGCCGUCAGGACAUGCUGGCCCUGCAGAUCAUCGACCUCUUCAAAAACAUCUUCCAGCUGGUUGGCCUGGAUCUCUUCGUCUUUCCGUACCGGGUGGUGGCCACCGCCCCUGGUUGCGGGGUGAUCGAGUGCAUCCCUGACUGUACCUCUCGGGACCAGCUGGGCCGCCAGACCGACUUUGGCAUGUACGACUAUUUCACACGCCAGUACGGGGAUGAGUCCACGCUGGCCUUCCAGCAGGCACGCUAUAACUUCAUCCGCAGCAUGGCUGCCUACAGCCUCCUGCUGUUCCUGCUGCAGAUCAAGGACCGGCACAACGGCAACAUCAUGCUGGACAAGAAGGGCCACAUCAUCCACAUCGACUUUGGCUUCAUGUUUGAAAGCUCCCCGGGUGGCAACCUCGGCUGGGAACCAGACAUCAAGCUGACAGACGAGAUGGUGAUGAUCAUGGGGGGCAAGAUGGAGGCCACCCCCUUCAAGUGGUUCAUGGAGAUGUGUGUCCGCGGCUACCUGGCCGUGCGGCCCUACAUGGACGCCGUCGUCUCUCUGGUCACUCUCAUGCUGGACACGGGCCUUCCCUGCUUCCGCGGCCAGACAAUCAAGCUCUUGAAGCACAGGUUCAGCCCCAACAUGACAGAGCGAGAGGCCGCAAAUUUCAUUCUAAAGGUCAUUCAGAGCUGCUUCCUCAGCAACAGGAGCCGGACCUAUGACAUGAUCCAGUACUAUCAGAACGACAUCCCCUACUGAGGGGCAGAGUGCCGCAAUCACUGCUUGCUGCUGCGCACGGCCUGCCACCUCAUCCGGUGGACAGAUGGGCCGAGAUGCCCCUGCAGAGCCCGGCAACCCGCUGCCUCCCGAGGUGUCGCCUACAUGGCCCGUGUGGCUGGAAUGACAAUCAGAGCCAGUCUUUGCGCAGGUGUGAGCUGUGCUUACACUGGACACAUUCCCUACCUGUCUUGUUCUCAGAGGUACAUGAAGUAUUUUCUUGUGUAUAAAAAAUGGAAAAAUUAUAUUCAACCUAAGAUUCAACCAACGUGAACAAAAUAAAAACAAAAAAACUGCGUUGGAACCAA